AUGAGACUCAUUGCGUUAGCAUGUCUGAAUGGUGCUGCUGGUUUUCUGGGCCAGCAGUUGGCUCCUGUGCUUCUGGGCUUUUGCACAUGCGGGGAGCUCGACAAGGAAAAGCUCGAGAAGUUGAGAGAAAUAUUGAAUACUGUUGAUGGCUUGCUCAAUGUCGUGGAGGAGAAGCAAAUAACUGAAGCUGGGAGAGAUCUAUUUACUGUGAUGGUUCUGAAGACUUGGAUUGUGGAUGCUAAAGAAGCUAUCUAUGAAGCUGAAGACUUGUUGAUUGAGAUUGAUAAUGAAGCUCGACAAAUAGAGUUGGUGGCUGGCUCUCAAACUGCCAUGUAUCAGGGGCCCGGGUCCCGGCUUGCCACCCCCUGGUUCCACCGCUGCUCACAGUAGUCUUCACUGUAAACUCCGGGAGAUAUUGAUGGGCAACAAGUUAUUUCUUGUUUUGGAUGAUUUUUGGAAUGAUGAUCCAGAACAAAGCAAGUUUUUAAUCACACCUUUAAU